CCCUAACAAAGCCUCUCUCUCACAGGGCCCAGUACUGUUCAGGGACAUCCGCCGAGGCUGUUAUUUCAUUGAACUCAAACCCCAGUUGUACAGAAUGCCGGAACGCACUCACUUCCUCUGGGCCGAGCCGUCGAUACAGGUCACCAACAUGAACAACUGGACCACUGUAUUCUUCCUUGACCCCAACCCUCAGAGGAGGUCCAUGAUGGUGCGCUGGUCCGUGGUGCGCCCGUACAAUUUCUCCGAGUACGAGCUGACCCUGCACCACCACGCCGUGCUCCCUAUCAAGUGCACCGGCAAGGAGAUAUUCCCGAACAUGUCCAUAAUUCCUGCGCAGGGUCGCCUAGUGUUGUCCAAGCCGGAGUAUCCCUUCUUCAACCUGAGCAGCGGAUGGUACUGUGCGCGAGUCACCCCGAGGGAUGAGCGCUGCCCCAUAGAUGGUUGUCAGGUGAUCUCCAGCCGUGCCGUACAUCUGUCUGAACCAGAGGAGUGGACAUGUUCCGAGGGUGUGAACGAGAACGGAGAGUGCGUGGAGGGGAGUGCGCUGGGGCUGAGUCUGCUGGUGGUGGGGUGUGUGGUUGGGGCGUUGGUGACAGGCGUAACGGUGGCGUGGGGUCUGCUGCACUUGUGGCCGAGCCUCAGCCAGUUUUUCUCGACGACGCACUACUCCCCAGUGCCACUUCGGACGGGUGCCAAGGCCAGCAGAGGACAGAAGCAAGUGGUCCUGUUAGUUUGGACGCCACAAGGACCCUAUGGAGUGCAGUUCAUGCCAAUAAUCGCUGCUUUUAAGACAGUUUUGAGGACCUACGGCAACUGUGAGGUGUAUGACUAUCUGGAACUAUCCUCGCUACCUGAGAAACACCAGCUGCAAUUACUGUCCGCUCCAACCACCUGGCUUGACUCCAUCCUCGCGAACCACUCCAUCAAGGUCAUAAUCGUAGCCACCGAAGGCGCUUGGGAACACCAGGUUGAGUGGAGCCAGGUCACGCCCACCCCAAGCAAGAAGGGCGACCUGACCUCGACCCCCGGCAAUGCGCAUGACCAGAUUCUGUUCCCGUACCUUCUGCGUCGCCUCCAUGAACAGACGGAUCUUGCGGGAGACUACUCUAGGGUCUUCCAUGUAAGGUUCUCUGACGUGAGCCCAGCAUCCGUCGAGCUCACCCACGUCGUGUCUCUCAAGCGAUACAAGAUUCCUGAGCAUCUCAAGAGCCUGGCGACCUCAGUGCAUGGCGGUGGGGCUUUGACAACCUUCGAGGACCCUAAGGACGACCAGCUGGCGGAACUACGAGCAGCUCUCUCCUUGCACCCGAACUUCCGAGGCCACAUGGACCCCAAAGAUGACCCACAGUGGCUGCCCUUAGUUGAGAACGGCCACUCAACCAUACCCGACGUGGCCAUCAACUGCGUCAGAGUCUCGGAGGGGUCGAAAUCGGUUACGCCUUCGGUUGACUCGAGUCCGGUGGCCAAUGGGAGCGUCCGAGAGAUCCGGUAGCUUCGGUUGGGUUGGUCUCGGUUGUGGCGGUGGAUGUUGUCUGCCAUGAACCUGUUGGUGGAGAGGUUUUGGGUGGAUUAGGUGUGUGUGUGUUCCUCCUCCUCGUCCUCCUCUCCUAUUCAUCCUCUGUUUCCUCCUCUUCUCCCUCCAUUCCCUCCUAUUCUUUCUCCUUGUAAUUAUCCUCCCCUCUUCAUCUCCCUUUCUUCCUCUUGUUUAUUCUGUGUGUGUGUGUGUAUUUUCCUCCUCCUCCUCCAAUUCUCUCUCUCUCUCUCUCUCUCUCUCUCUCUCUCUCUCUCUCUCUCUCUCUCUCUCUCUCUCUCUCUCUCUCUCUCUCUCUCUCUCUCUCUCUCUCUCUCUCUCUCUCUCUCUCUCUCUCUCUCUCUCUCUCUCUCUCUCUCUCUCUCUCUCUCUCUCUCUCUCUCUCUCUCUCUCUCUCUCUCUCUCUCUCUCUCUCUCUCUCUCUCUCUCUCUCUCUCUCAAACACAUGAACACACACACAUACACAUGAAUACACACAAGAUACUGAAAAUAGAACAAUCUCUCUCUCUCUCUCUCACAAACACAUGAAAACACACACAUGAUACUGAAAAUAGAACAAUCUCUCUCUCUCUCUCUCUCUCACACACACACACACACACACACACACACACACACACACACACACACACACACACACACAGACACACACACACAAACACACACAAUAUACUGAAAAUAGAACAAUUCUCUCUUAUUCUUCCUCCAAUUCCUCUUUAUCCUCCUCCUCUUCUUCCAUUCUCCGUUCCUUCUCUUCCCUUCCCAUUCCUUUCCUCCCCUUCUUCUCCCUUCCUCAUUUCCUCCAUAUCCCCCUCCUCCUCGUGAUUAUUUUGUGUGUGUGUGUGUUUGUGUGUGUGUGUGUGUGUUAUUGUCAUUGAUCAAAAUACGCAUCUAUUGUGUAUGGCGUUAUAAUGUAUAGUGACGACCCUUAUAGUGUUUUUUAAGUUAAUUUCUAAGUUAAUUUAUUACUGCAACAUUCCAAGGCUAACUGUGUGUGUGUGUGUGUGUGUGUGUGUGUGUGUGUGUGUGUGUGUGUGUGUGUGACUUACUCUCCCUCUUGUCUUCCUCCUCCCUCUCUCUUCUUUCCUCCUCCUCCUCUGAUAAGUUGGAAACAGGAGGAGGAGGAUGAUAAAAAAAUGACGAGGAAUGGGAAAGAUUGAGGAGGAGGAAGAAUGGAGAGAAGAGGAAAGAGGAGGAGGAGGAGGAGGAGAGGAAGAUGCUAGAGGGAAGGGAAGAAGAGCAAUAGGAGGAAGAGGAGAAGAUGUGGGAGGAUUAGUUAUAAAAUGAGUUAGCUGUGGCAUUAAGAAUAAGUCCAACCACACUGAACUUUUGUGAUAUUUGCCUUGUAGUGGUCUGUGUGUGUGUGUCCAUCUUUGUACAAAUAAUAAAGUUACUCUCUGAA